AUUUGUACAAUAAAUUUGUUGUUUGUAUUUUAAGGGAUUUUGCCAUGUCAAAAAAAAGUGCACCGAAAACAUUAUCGAACGAAAAAAUUGAAUCGGAUCCAAACGAUUUGGCUGUGAAAAAUCAAAAUGACCAAUCAUUUAGUUUUGUUACCAAACGGCCAGUACGCAUUUCGAAUGCUUCAACACUAAUUUUAGAUUCGCCGAUUAAAUCGGAAAUUCCAUCUUCAUUAUCAUCAUUCUCAAUGCCAUCAUCAUCACCGUCAUUUCGUAGAGGUUCAGCAUUUUGGUCAAGUCCAGAACGUUUUGAUGAUGAUGGAUAUCAUCAUCCAUUGAAAGGAAUAAUUUUUAAAAUAAAAUCAACUAUGAAAAUGGUACAACCUCGUACACCGGAAUUUGAUCCACCGAUGAUUGUUGAUGAUCAAUUUGUAACACGUAGAAUAAGAAUAUCUGAAGCACCUACAUUAGUACUCAGUGAACUAUCUAGUGAUUCGUCAACUAGUCCACCACCAUCACCAAUACGACAAUCGUCUGUUGUUUCGGAGCCACUACUUUCGAUGAAAUAUCAGCAAAAAAUAUGGACUGACGAAAAUCAAAAAUUUCAUGAAACCGUUGAAGUAUUGCCAAAAGGCGAUACAUCGACUAAUAUGAAAGUAACAGAUAAAUCAGCGAAAAUUCCAUUCAAACAAUUAACGGUAACAAUGAAUGAUCAACAAAAACAAGAUAAUGGCAUUAAAAAAUUCGAAAAAAUUAUUACUAGUACACCAAAAAAAGAAAUAGUUAACAAUGAUCAAUCAUAUGAACAUAUAAUAAUAGAAUUUGAUGAAACAAGACGAAGAGAGGAUGAUGUUGCUCGACCACCACCACCAUUGGUUGUUGCAAGUAAUCCAUCCACAAGUGAUGAUGGUUCAUUACGUUAUUCUUCUUAUGCUCCUGGCCGUAAUAUAAAUUCUAAAACAAAUCUUGAUGAGAGUAAAUCACGGCCUUUGAUGGCUAAUGAAUCGGAAUCGACGAAAUUACUACCAAGUCUGGUAGAUAUUGACGAUUGGAAUGAUCGACAAAAUUUGCAUACAUUGUCAUCAUUUGAAACAACUUCUCAUACAAAAAUGAUUCGAACAAAACACCUAAAAAGUGGUGGUCUAUCAUGGCGUUAUCCGUCUUAUGAUGAAACGGGAAUUAUAGAUUCAAAGACAAACAUAUUGGACAGCAAUAAAUUUGAAACAAAGAAAUUACCAUUGAUUGAAGAUAAAAAAAUAGACAAAUACCCGCAAAAGUCGUCGGUUAAAAUUGAAAUUAGCAAAAGAACACCUGAAUCAAACGAAAGCAGUAAAAGCAUUGAUAGCAUUCAAAUCUCUUCAGUUUCCGAUCGACCAGCAAGUCUAGUUGGCACUCGAUCAGAUCGUCAAAGUCAAAGUAAAACAUCGUCGAUUGCGAGAAUUCAACAACGGCGAAGUCGAACUAGAUCAAAAAAAUUUCGUGGACCAUUAGUUGCUCGUUUGUCUCGACCAAAUCGUCAAUUGCGACGAUUCAUUCAUAGAAUGUUUCAUUCAAUUAUCAAUACUCAUGAUGACGGCAAUCAACCAAAAAUGAUGAUUAGUAGUGAUUCAAUCGAAAUUCUAAAUUCAAUGGCUAAAGAAAUCAUACGUAAAUAUGCUGAAUAUGCUGAUCAAUUAAUAUUAUAUAGUGGUCGUCAAAAAAUGGAUCGUUGGGUUUCAUUUUCAACAUUAAAUAUGUUAUUGGCUCCAAUAUCACAUCGAACAAAGCGAUCCAUUUUCAAUAUUAUUGGCGAACAUGGAUAUUAUCAUGAUCAAAGUGAAAUAAAAAUCAUGAGACAAUGAUAACAAUCAUUAUUUAUGAUUUAAGACAUAAUAAAACAUUAUUAUUUUUUGUCAAAAAAAAUAUCAU